AUGUUAACAACUAGGUUGUUAACCAGAUUUUCUAAUAGCCGAAAUGUUUUGGCCCCAAUGAUUUCAACUACAUCGAAUGCACAAAUUCACCAAUUGACCAGACAUGUGGGUAAUUCGAAUUGCGAGUAUAAGCCAUUUCUCAUAAAUACGUGCAAGUAUUGUUCUGCCAGUACAACAACCACUACGACACCAGCUGAACAAGGCAAUGGGAUCAUAAAAAGAGUUUUGAAAAAAGUUGGUUUUACACCAAAUUCUAAAGCUAGAAUACGUGUAGCCAGCCAUAUGUUGUAUGAGAGCGUAGCCGACAAAAUUAAUUAUUUGGCUUUCUUCAAUGAUUUUAAUAUGCCUAAUACAUUCAAUUCAUGGUUUUUGGUCACCGAAUUGCAUGUGUGGAUGCUAUUAUUGCGAUCUAUGGCAGAAGGUUCAGAGUCUGGUGAAGAUGGCAGAUUUUUACGAAAUUGUAUCGUUGAAGCCCUAUGGUCAGAUGUGAAUACUAGGGCCAAGAAGUUGGGGGCAAAUAAUCCUUCACGAACUCGCCAACAAAUCGAGGAACUUUCGGAACAAUUUCAGGCUGCCUUAAUAGCGUAUGAUGAAGGUAUAAUGUCAGAAGAUCGUGUGUUGGCCGCAGCACUUUGGAGACGUUUCUUCGCCUUGAAUUGUGAUGACUAUGAAAAAAUUGAACGAUUAGUUAAAUAUGUCAGGCGUCAAGUCGUUAUGUUAGAUAAUCUGCCACGUCAAGAUUUUCUCAUUAAACCCAAAAUACCCUGGCAGGAUCUAAAUAAAAUUCACAUUUAAUUUGAUAUGUG